AGGACUUCAUUACAUGUUCUAGUUUUUGACCUUGCAGCGUACCAAGAAAAGUCCUAAAAAAGCUUCAUAACUAUAUAGACGUAUCUACGUCUCUGCUAUAUUUAAUAAAUUCAUUAUUGUCCAGUACUGAUAAAUUUUGUGGAAACGUAUGAUACAAGAAAACAUUUUUGAACAUAUAUAAUACUGAAAUAAAUUAUAGUUCGAUUGUUCUACCAUUUAUAAAGCUCGUGUGUGUUUUAAGUAAGCAAAUUUCAUUAACGUUAACAACAAACAUGGCGGAAGAAAUACCCGUGGUUCCAAAAGCAACAACGUUACUAAUAAAUAGCGGAAAUAUUGUAAAUUGGAACAGAUUGAAAAGAAAACCAUCUCAGAAUCCAACUGAAGAGAUAACAGAAUGUGUGAGCACUACUUUCCAGGCAUUUUUGGCUGAAGCAGACAAGAAUGAAUUGCAGUAUGUCACAGAACUGAAUUGUGUACAUCAGAAAUACAAGGAGACUGUUCUACACAGCGAAAGAGAAGACUACAAGUUGACAGUGAAGAUAUUCCUGUGUCAGAAUGCAUCAAUAGAUGUUUUGCAGGAAGCAGUAGAUAGAGUCCUGUCAGAACUAGAAGUUUCAUUCAUAGAGACAGUGCUUCUUUCCUUCCCUGAAAAUGAGAAGGGAGAGGAGUUGACCCUCGAAGUUAUCAAGCGAUUUUGGAAAGCUCUUGAGACGAUUGUAUUCAAGGAGACCAUACUUACAAUAGGAGUGUCAGACCUGGACAAAAACUUACUGGAGCAGUUGCAUGACUGGGCAGAGGUGAAGCCUGCUGUUAAUCAAGUAAAUCUCGACUCCUGCUGUGUCAUGCCAAAAGAUUUAGUGGAGUAUGCCAAACUUAAGGAUAUUCAGCUGUUGACUCAUAAUGACCCCAGAACCAUUCUCCCUGCAGACAGCCUUCAGAACGUCCUGCAUGAGGUGAGCACAGAAAGGGACUCAGAACACUGGGAACCUCUCUGGGUCCUGCGCUACUCAAUCUUGGUGAAAUGCAGAGGAAUUGUCAAAUCCAAGGGUUACAUACUAAAAGCGGAACGGGACAUUCGAAAACGAAAAUAAACUGAUAUUAAGACAGUGUUGCGAUAUGUAAUAAUAGUCCCAUGUCAUUAUUGGUCAUCUGUGUGUGUGUGUGUGUGUGUGUGUAUGCCCCGAACAGCUUAAAUAUAAAUAUCUUUGCAUAUCCAUUGGUAGCACAUUUUGUUCUUAUUUGAGGCAGAUAUCUGUGGUGUUAAAGUUUAAACAAUUAUCUCAGUCAUACGACGGUGGUCAGUUGAACAAUUCAUUUCCGAAUAUGAUUACAACAAUUAAAGAGAUGCUAUGAUUGUGUGAUGUUGAAGUUGUUAUUGAUGAUGAUCAUGACCAGACUGUGUUAAUGCUAAGGCUGGCCUUGAGCUGCCCUGGCCACAUAAUCUCCCCAAAACAAUUGUAAUUUUUUAAUAAUGCUCAUGGUCACAAUGUGCUCAUGGUGAGCUUUUUUGUGAUUGCCUUUUGUUCGUUGUGCGGCAUCAUUAUUUUCCUUGUUAACAUACUAGAAGCCACAUUUAUUGUCCGAUCUUCAUAAAAUUUGGUCAGAAGAUUUGUUCUAAUGAAAUCUUGGAUGAGUUUCGAAAUUGGUUCCGGUUGGUUUAAAAUCAUGGGCACCAGGGGACGGGCAUUUUUUCUUAUAUGGCUAUAGUUAAACCGUAUUAACACUCUAAUAAGAGUCCACAUUUAUUUCCGAUCUUCAUGAAACAUGGUAAGAAGAUUCGUCCCAAUAAUAUCUUGGAUGAGUUAGAAAAUGGUUAUGGUUAGUUUAAAAAAAUGGCCACCAGGGGGCGGGGCAUUUGUCCUUAUAUGGCUGUAGUAAAAUGUUGUUAACACUGUAAAACUGACAUUUAUAGUCUGAUCUUCAUGAAACUUGAUCAGAAGAUUUUUCCCAAUGAUAUCUUGGACAAGUUCCGGUUGGUUGAAAAACAUGGCCGCCAUCUUAGAACAAAAUAACUUUAAAAAUCUCUUAAACCACGAGGUCAACAGCUAUGAUAUUUUUUUUAUUUCUUUCUGCCCCAUAUUUUUACCUUAUAAAUAUGGUGAGUUUUUUUACAGUAUUGUUAAGUGAACUUUAAUGAACUCCACUUUAUAAUGGAGUCUGUAUGUCACAAUUUUGUUCACAUGUUGCUUGCCUUACAGAGGUCAAUCUUCCUUAACCGUUCAGAAACAUGAAUUACUUUCUAAUUAUUUCCAAAGUUGUUUUUAGGAAUUUGUCAAAUUCUUUGAUUUGGUGACAGUCAUUUGUUCUUUUUAUAACCUUCAUAUUCUUAAGAACAACCCCAUGUUCAAAAGCAAACACAUAAACAAAAUGAUGUCAAAAGCAGAUUUUGUUAUAUGAAGAUUCAGAAAUAACAGCCAAUUAAAUCGCUCAUUACAAAAAUGUUCUUAUGCAAAUAGAUAAUGAUGCCAGUGUAAUAUGCAGAGAGAUUUCAUAAUUUAUUUUUUAUGCAGCGGAAUGGGUCAUACCCCCCACCCUCAUCCCCAAUUAUAACAAAUUUACACAAAUUUCAGAAAUGAUCCCUGAGUAAAUUGUAUUUGUUGAAAGCGGCGAAUCCGCGGAAAAAAUCACAUCCUUGGCUAAGUUUGCUCAAAUCAUGCCCCUGGGGUAAAAACUGGCUAUGCCAAGGAGGUCACAUUUUUGUAUUUGUAUACUAUAGUGAAAUAACUUUAAAAAUCUCUGAAACAACAAGCUCUAUAUGUGUUAUCUUCCUCUGUAUUAAAAAUAUGCCCUGCCUUGUGCUGUAGGGGUGAAACGUUUUAUAUUGUUAUCUUACAUCACAUAUUGUAUUAUGUACUUUUAAAUAGUUUAAUUGUCAAAUGUUACACAAUUCUGCCUGUGAUGUAUACAAUGCAUGUUCCUGUUUUGCACAUUAAUUGUCAAAUGUUACACAAUUCUGUCUGUGAUGUAUACAAUGCAUGUUCCUGUUUUGCACAUUAAUUGUCAAAUGUUACACAAUUCUGUCUGUGAUGUAUACAAUGCAUGUUCCUGUUUUGCACAUCUGUAUUGCAUAUAUAUGAAUAUAUCUUUUUUCAUCAGGUGUGAGAUAAGUGAAAGAACUUCAUGUAAAUAAAACAUUCCUAUUACCA